CCUAUAAAAUGUGGGAUGCGAGCAUGCAGCAGUCUUACCCCUUCUCUCUCUCUCUCUCUGUUCCCCAUCCCUCCCUCCCUCACACUCUCUCUCCCUCUCUCUCUCUCUCUUAAGGAUAUCUAAGUGAGCAUGAGAAAACAUAACUGAGUGGACAUUCACGCCGGACUUCUGCGUAGCUGAUAACCAGCGGAGGACGACUCUGCAGCUGAGAUUUUCUGCAUAUUUCUACGCACAUAUAGGUUUACUCAGCAUCAUGACCAGGAAGGUUUUCACCAACACGAGGGAGCGCUGGCGUCAGCACAACGUCAACACGGCCUUCGCAGAGCUCCGCAAGCUCAUCCCCACCCAUCCUCCAGAGAAGAAGCUGAGCAAGAACGAGAUCCUGCGUCUGGCCAUGCGCUACAUCAAUUUCCUGGUGCAGCUGCUGGAGAGCCAGAGCGGUCAGCCGGCCAGCCACUCCCCCACCGCUCUGCUCACCUUCCUCAGAGGAAACAUGGAGCAGCUACGCUCCCCUCCUCACGCCUGGGCCCUGACCAGUGACACAGAAGUCCCAUCACCUGGAUCCAGCUGUGACAGCUCUGAGGCCUGGUAGAACCACUGCUGCAAAACGAAAAAAAAAAACGACAAACUCUUGAGUGGACUUUCUAACUUUUUCCUGGGGUUAAACUGAUCGAGUCCAUCUUCAAGACUCAUUUUUAUCUCUGCGUUUUUUUUUUAAUGCAGAGGAUAUGAUUGCGUGUCAAAUUUGUGGACUCCAAACAUGGCAGAAGAAGUGGGCAAGGCCUCCAGCUGAUCAGUGUUGAAAUAUGAUUUGCUGUGAAAAGCUCAUUUGUAUUUUGCAUGGAUGUAUAAAACCUGGAUGUACAACAUUUCCUUCAUGUCUUCCUGUUAAUAUUCCUUGUUGCCGGUCGCCUGGAACUAAUUUAGUUUUGCACUGAGGGAUGUUUUUGCCAAUAAGGAAAAUGGGGGGGGGAUUAAGGAAUUUCUCAUUUAAAGCAUAGAUUCAGGCAAGCAUUUGAAAAGAUAAUGGCCCAGCCAAUUCUCCAGACUGCAAUCGUCUCAAAAAGCCAAGGGCACUUUUAUUUUUAGUCGACAUGCUUCUUUUCUUGGGAAGACUAAAUCUGACCUUUAUUUUUAUGAACAAGGUUAUGUCACUUUGAAGACUCAGACUUUUUUUUUUUUUUUUACCCCUUUUAAAAAAUACGAUGUUCAGUAUUUGUUGAUUACAGCGUGUGAUACUUUCGGCAAAACUGACAAUCCUCUUUCAGUGAUUUCAUGCCUCCCCACACAAAUGUUUUCUUAUUUAAAUGUGCUUUGGUUUGAGAUUUUUGUAUUAUAAAGCAUGUCAUAUGGCCAAAGAUUAUGAAUUGAUUGUUUACUGUGAAGAGUGUGCUUAUUUCUCCUAAUACCUCUUUUGUAACUUAUUUUGGUCUGUUUGUGAAUAUACAGUAUGUUAUUUAUUUGAAUUAUUUAUUUAAUAAAUGAUUUGUUAUUAAAUUA